AUGCCUCCAACGGUAUGUUUCAGUUGCAAGUCUGCCAGGGCAGUUAUUAUCCGGCCGAAGAACCGCCACAAGCUUUGCAAAGAAUGCUUCCUUGCCAUAUUCGAGGCCGAAACCCACGAAACCAUCAAAAACAGCUCCCUGUUCGUGCCAGGCGAGCGAGUUGCGAUUGGGGCGAGCGGUGGAAAAGAUAGUACGGUUCUUGCUUCUGUUUUGAAAACGCUUAAUGAGCGAUAUGAUUACGGCCUUGACCUCGUUUUGCUCUCUAUCGACGAGGGCAUAAAGGGAUACCGGGAUGAUAGCCUGGAAACCGUGAAGCGAAAUGCGGUCCAGUACGACAUGCCUUUGGAAAUAGUCAGCUACGGAGAAUUAUAUGGUUGGACAAUGGAUCAGGUGGUUGCGGAGAUUGGGAAAAAGGGCAACUGCACCUACUGCGGUGUAUUUCGACGACAGGCUCUUGACCGUGGCGCUGCAAAGCUGGAUAUCAAGCAUGUUGUUACCGGACAUAACGCCGAUGAUGUUGCCGAGACUGUGAUGAUGAAUCUACUGCGUGGUGAUCUACCUCGCCUGGCUCGUUCCACGAGUAUCAUCACGGGCUCAGCUGCUAGCGACAUUAAACGAAGCAAGCCUCUAAAAUAUGCAUACGAGAAGGAAAUUGUGCUUUACGCCCAUCAUAAAAAGCUUGAUUACUUUAGUACUGAGUGCAUCUACUCGCCUGAAGCAUUUCGAGGGAGCGCUAGGACACUUAUCAAAGAUUUGGAGAGGAUCCGGCCGAGUGCUAUCCUGGAUAUUGUACGGAGUGGAGAAGACAUGGCUAAACUAGUACCGCCAGAAGUCUGUGGAGGCCCUACUUGUUCGUCUACAAAGACGGCAACGAGGGAUGGAGCUGAUGAGUACUCCGCUGGUGGAUGUGGAAGCCAGAAUGGAAGAAGUAGUGGUGGUGAAAUGGCGAACAUGGAGAAGAAACUUACCGAGGAUGAAGACGCCAAAGGUCGUGAGACUGAAAUAUCACUACCAGUCAUUUCCACAAAGCCAGAAAAGGGUAACUCAAGGAAGAACCCUACCACUACAAGCCAGGGUCGUGACAAGAAACAAAAACCUAUAAAGACCCAAACGAUGGGACAGUGCGAGAGAUGUGGCUACAUGUCUAGUCAAAAGAUUUGCAAAGCAUGCAUGCUACUCGAAGGAUUGAACAGAAACCGUCCAAAAACGAGCGUUGAACUAGUUAUCGGCGUCGAAGAAGAGGAAGGUAGUUCGACGUUGAUGAGGCAGAUGGAAGGUAUUCAGUUGUCUAGCAGCUGA